AUUAUUAUUUAUUACGAGUACCAUUAGUGAUUAGUUAUCAAAUAUAUUAUAUACAAACAUAUUUAAUGUGCAUUUAUUGACAAAGAAGACUGAUCGCCACAUUUAUACAAAAACAUGUGUCUGACGUACUGUGUAAUCGAUGCAUAUAGUAAUUAAAAUAGAUAAUGAGAAAUAAAAAAGUGAUUUUAUUAGUAUAAAAAAAACCAUACAGCGGACCUACUUAUCGAAUUUUCGAAUACCGAGAAUAAAUCUAAGCUGUCAAUUAACUAUUUACAUAGUCAACCUUAUUUUUGCACGCGAUGCCGAGGACAUUUGUGUAUACAUAUUAUAUUAGUAAAGUUAGAUGCCAAAUAAAUACAUUGUAAUUUCGUUAUUUUAUAUGCAGUUUAGUAGUACUAUGUCUCUCAAAUGGGUGUAUUUGCUUAUUUCAUUUGUAUCUGUAGUGCAUACAGACGGAGCAAAACAGUCGUGUGAUGACGAAUCUUUGAUUAAAAAAAACGGAAAGUUGUCUAAAGAAGACAUUGAUGAUUUAAUAUCCAUCGAUAAUCAGUCACAGAUUAAAAUGUGUUUGAUUUUACUCGGAAAAGAUCCAUUGGAAACGGGAGUGGCUGAACUGUUGUGGAGAGAUUUAGUGAAAGUUUAUACAACAGCAGACGAUAUUCCAGAAGACGAGCUACAAUUGUUAGGGUGGAUAUCUAGAGGAAUACCUGCUCAAGAGUUUAUGAAUUUGUCUCUGACGGAUAUUGAAACAAUAGCAUCAUUCGGAAAAUGGAGAAACUAUUCUAAAGAACAGGUUAUGUCUUUAAAACAAGCUAUCGAAGACCAAUGGAGUUACAAAGGCCCUUCUGAUUUUAGCAGUUAUGAUUUAGCGGCUUUGGGUCAAGUUUUGUGCGUGUUUAAUAAAUCACAUAUAGCUGCGAUCAAACCAAUCGCAUACAAGGGCGCGGCGGCCGAUAUAUCAAAUCUUAUAAAUUGUCCGGAAGAAAUCAUAAGAGAAUUUGCCUUACUCGCUACAAGUAGAGACGCGUUCGGCGACCCUUCGGGAUGGACUGCUAUACAGAUAGCAUUAAUCGGAUGUGUAAUCGCUGGUUUGGAUUCUGUGCGUGAUAUUCAGCCCGAUGCAUUCGAAGGGUUGGCCGCGUCCAGUGUCCAAUGUUUACCGAACAAUGUAUUACAAGCGAUGUCAAUAGAACAAUUAUCGCAUUUAUCGUUGUCUGCCGUCAACGCUCUUACGCAUGCGCAGCGUUCGUCAUUGGAUCGCGAACAGAUCACAGCCAUACAAGAAACGGCCAAGACAUUGGGCACCGUACUAAACGUAGGGUGCUGUUUCACGAUUCGAACUACUUGGUCAACAGUCACAUUAAUCGUGUAUUUACAGUUAUCAACAUUAAUAAUGUCAUCAAAGUAUAAUAUUAAUAAUAUCAUAUUGUAAAUUAGAAUAAUAUAUAUUACGUAUAUUAUUUAAGUUCAGCU